AAUUAAUAUAGUAAAAUGGAACUCGUAAAUACAAAUGAUGAAAUUUUUUUUGACCCAACACCAAGAUUAAAAUCUAGUCCUAUACCAAUUAAAUUUAUUUCUUUUAAUAGUAGUGAUGAAAAUUGCUUUAAUUGUGGAGAAACAUAUACUGAGACACAUUUUGCUCAAAAAUAUUGCAAAAAAUGUUUAUCGCAUUAUAUUAAUGAUAUAACUGAUUAUAAUGGUAUAUGCUUGGACGUACAUUACACAAUGGAAUUGGAAUGUAAUAAACAUGAGAUAAUCAAGACAAAAGUACCACAAAGUAUUCAAGAAUGCUGUGGAAAUUGUUCGAUAAUUCCAUUAUUUAAGCAAAUAGAAGGAUAUUUAAGUAAAUAUAAUUAUCUUGAUAACAAUAGUCUCCGCAUAUACAAUAAGGUGAUUGAAAGUGGAAAACAUUGUCAAUUAUGUGGAAAGUCAUUAGAUAAAUAUAUUACAAAAGAAUUUAAAUUAUGCUCAGAUUGUUAUCUAAUUUCAUUUGAAUGGAUAGAAUCAACCUUGGUCAAAAAGAAAAUUUUAAUUCUUUACUUACCAUGGUGGCACAAUGGUUUGUUAUGUAUAAAUUGUAGGUCAGAAUUAAUAUUUACAUCAGAUUGUCAAAAGUAUUGUGACAAAUGUCUUAUAAUUUAUAUUGGGUGCAGAUAUUGUUUAACAACAAACAUUAUUUAUGGACUUACAGACCAAACUCAAUGUAGAAAAUGUAAAAGAAUAUCACUCAUUAUAUACAGUAAUGUAGAUAGAGAUCUCGUUGUUUUCCAUCUUAAUGAUAAUUAUAUAUAUGACAAUUUAGAUUUUGAUUAUAUUGCAAAUAUUGUAAAACCAAUUGAUAAAUAUUUUGAACCACAAACUCUAUUUAGUUCUAUUAUUAAAAAACAAAUUGUAAAAAAUGAAAAUAUAAAGACAUAUGGGUGGAUACCAUAUUCUCAAUUUAAAAAUAUAAAAGAAAUGACAAAAGGGGGAUAUGGUAUUAUAUAUAAAGCAACCUUGUUAGGUUAUAAUAAAACACUAAAAACAGUCAUUUUAAAAAGAUUUGAAAAUUCUAAAAAUAAUAUUAAAUAUUUCAUAAAUGAGUUAAAAUCAAAUCAACAUUGUUCCAAUAAGCUGAUUUAUAAUUAUAUAAUUGAUAUUUAUGGCUUUACAAUGGAUCCUGAAUUAGGUGAUUAUAUAUUAGUUAUGGAAUAUGCGUCAGAGGGAGAUUUACAUAAGUAUUUACAAAAGAACUUUACAAAUAUUGCGUGGAAUAAUAAAAAACUUUUUAUUUUACAGCAAAUUUUAACAGGGCUUGAAUAUAUUCAUAAUAAUGAAUUUAUACAUCGAGAUUUCCAUAGCGGAAAUAUAUUAUUAGAUUUUAAAUGGAAAAUUGGGGAUCUGGGAUUAUCACAAUCUGUAAAUAAUGAAUCAUCAAAUGAUGAAAUAUAUGGAGUUAUACCUUAUAUUGCACCAGAAAUAUUUAAAGGAUCUGCAUUUUCUAAAGAAGCUGAUAUUUAUUGUUUGGGUAUGAUUAUGUGGGAACUUACGACGGGUUGUAAACCUUUUGCUAAUGUUAAACAUGAUAUUCAUCUUAUUUAUAAAAUUCUUGAUGGAGAACGACCCAAAAUUACAGAAGAUACACCAGAAUGUUAUGCUAAUUUAAUGAAAAGUUGUUGGGAUCCUGAUCCAAAAAAAAGACCACCGAUAAAAGAAAUUUAUUUAACUCUUGGUAAUUGGAUUUAUGAAAGUAAAUACAAUGAAGAAUUUGUACAAGCUGAAGAAAAAAGAAAUAAACUGAUAAAAUUAAAGAAGAUUGGUCCUGAAUUUGCUGAAAAAUAUCACCCAAAAGCCAUAUAUACAAGUAGGCCAUUAAGUGCUUUAAUUUCUAAAUGUUUAUCCACAAAUUCAUCAUCAACAAUUUCAUUUGUUAAUAAUCAAGAUUAUAAUUAUAUUUCGAAAGAAAACGAGCUUGAUAUAGACAUUGAAAGUUUAUCAUCGCAAAAUUUAACAGUUCAAAAUCCUUCAGCCUCAUUAAAAAAGUGA